AUGCCUACGCAUAUUGUCAAUACUUUAAAGACAACGUGCCCAAUUACUUGUUGUCCUCUGUCAAGACAAACACGAGAAAAUACAACUUGUUGUAAUCCACCAACACAACAAACAACAACAAUUACAAUAUUUGGAUACCACUGGUGGACUAUUUUUCUUUGUGCUUUCUGUCUUAUUGUUGCACUUACUUUAUUAGCUAAUAUUAAUAAGCAUUUGCAUAUUUUAAAACGUUGGAAAAGCUUCAACUCAGUUGUUAGCCCUUCCGUGGCAUAUACAAUCUCUGCAAAUGAUUCUAGCAAUAAUUCGGUACAGAAGUUUUCUGCUACAGAUGAUACAAUUAUUUUAGAACAACAUCCACCAUGUUAUAAAGAUGUUGUCCCAGCAACACAACCACCUUAUGCAUCAGUAAAUCCACCGACAAAAACAGACUUGGAAUAA